AUGUCAACACCAGUCCCUAAAAUUCUGGGACAUGACAGCGCUGCAAAGCCUCGGCCUUUCAUUGCUUCCCUCGAUAGCAUUGGAUGUGGCAGAAUCAGGGAAAUACCCUUUCAGCCCGAAUAUGACUAUAUGCGCAACGAUAAACCAAACCUUUUGCUUGCGCCUAACUAUGCGGAACCUCCCCUUGAAGAUAUCUUUCUAUGUACCGUUGAUGGAGUUCAGAUGUCGACGUUUCCAGCGCCCCCCCCAGGGCUUGAUCCCUCUCAUGAGCCUACUCCCGACGGUGAUAUAUGCUUAGCAUGUGAGGAUAUUGAUAUAUGUAUGCUGUUGGGGUUAGGUGGAGGAAGAAGGUUCCAUCUAGGUUCUGCGGCUAAGCUGAUGAGCUGCUCGGAUUGCAAUCUCUGUCGCCUGCUCACUAGAGCUUUCGAAAGGGACACGGGUUUCUCCAAACAUGAUCUGAAACGAAAGUAUCCCAAUUCAUUUGUUGUCAUUACUAGCGACUGGGCCACAUUUCCGGUAGGGCCGCGACACAGUCGUGUUUUAGAAAUCGUCGGAAGGCUCCUUCAACCGCCUGCAUUCCUCUGUAGCGAAGCCCGACUACGGCUUUUAGCAGAUCAAAAAUCUCGACUCACAAAAUCCCAGAACAUGCGCGGACGAGUGGUGGGAUCAAUGGCUAACAUGAGCCUUGCUCGCUCAUGGCUUGCGGAAUGCGAAGAUAAUCAUGACUGCAACCAUACCGAGAAGUUGCAAAGGCAGAUCAACCAAAAUGAGAUGCUACUUGUUUUAGAUGUUGAGAAGCUCUGUCUGGUUGAAAUUCCCAGUCAUUAUCGCUAUCUGGUCCUCAGCUACGUCUGGCCUCGCCUGCCAUCUGAGAAGCUUUACCGUAACCUUGUGAAGGACUGGAUGAAAUCACAAGCUCUCUGCGAAAAGGUCAAGGGAUUCUUGAAUGUCUUUCAGGAUGCGAUUACUGUUACGCAGGCACUGGGAGAGAAAUAUAUCUGGAUUGAUCAACUCUGCAUGGCCCAAGAUGACCCUGCCCUCAAAGAAUACUUGGUGGAAAGGAUGGACAAAGUCUACGGGCGAGCUGUUUUGAACAUUAUUGUCGCUACAUCUGCCCCUCCAAGCGAAGAUUAUUCCAUCCCAGGAGUAAGCCGACCGCGAAAUAUCUUACAGGAAGCAUCCAUCAUAGACAAUUUACAUCUGAUUACAGCUCUUCCAGACUUCUCAGUCGCCGUCGAGCGCACAUGGUGGGCUACUCGAGGAUGGACCUUUCAGGAAGGGGUACUUCCCCGAAGAUGUCUGAUCUUUCACGACGACCAAAUGUACUUUCGAUGUUGCAAAGAUGCCCGAUCUGAGGACGUAACUGCCGAAGGAAAUACACAAUUCGAAUUCCAUCCGGCAAAGCCCAAGAUACGAAAAAGUGGAUUCGAGCAUUAUCUGAAUCCCGCGCUUCUUUCCAACGCUUCAAAGCAAAACUGUUUUGAGGAGUAUGUGCGAUUUGUGCGCGAUUAUUCCCGUCGUUCGUUGACCCAUGGAGGUGAUAUCCUUCCGGCCUUCAAAGGGAUCAUGAUGGCGCUGUCGGAAGCGUUCGCGACACUAUUCUUUUGUGGCAUGCCAACGGCCUUUUUUCAUAGGGCACUGCUGUGGUAUCCUGCGGCACCUUUGCAGCGCCGAAAUAUCGAAUCAAGCGAGAGCACCGGUCUUAUAUGGCCAAGCUGGUCCUGGCCGGGGUGGAUCGGAAAGAUUGACUAUGAGUUCGAUAUCCUUCACCUCGGGGAUGCCCGUUCGGUUCUUCCGACGACUGCUUGGUAUCGAUAUAAUCCUCGAUUAAACAUCCUCUUCCCCAUCGGAGGCAAGAUGGAAGACGUCAAUACCCCCCCAGAUCCUCAAUUUGCCUUGGGAGUUUUAUACGGCCUCUGGCAUCGACUUCGUGAAAACCAAACUCGGAUCAUUGGCUGGGUAUCUGUCUUCAGAAUCAUACUUGAUCCCGAGGAAAAGCACAUUAUGGAAUGGUUGACCGACUUGCAUCAGUCCGUGCCUUGCUUUGCUAUAUUAGACCGAAGUGGCGACAAUUGCGGCUAUCUGCCCUCGGUAGACCGGGCAUGGGCCCAAAGAUACAAACAGAACCCUAGAACUCCUUGUGAGGUUAUCAUUCUUUCUUAUGGACAGCACACAGCCUUGCGGGCUGUGCUGCUUGAUCUUUGCUUGUUCAUUUGGCGGCAUGCCCGCAAGAACUUUGUCUUACCAGAGUCACCUCGGGAUGAACACCAAGGCAAGAAUACGAAGACAUUUUACGUUUCUUUGAGAAUGGAACCAAUUAGUCUUCAUGAUACUGAGAAAGACGCAACACCAGCUCCGGAAAAUCCUGUAAGGUUCAGUAGCUUUGAAACCAGCAUCUCGAUCAUUCAGAGGGCGCAAUGGAAAAUCUCACGUCCAGUUCCCUGGAGGGAAUGGGAUGAGCUAGGGGCGACGAGCUUCAUUAAGACUACUCCCUCGCUUUACCAGCAACAGGAUCUGUUGAAGACUGCAGCCGCCAAUGGGUGGAAUGAUUCAGCUUUUCGCUUCUUUAUGCAGAACCAUACAGGCGGGUCGAUGGCUAUUGAGUCGUCACAGAGACUAGGCAUCGUCACUCAAACCCCCCUGGAUGACUUGGAGUUUUUCAGCCUUUGCAUGAGUAAAACUAUGGCUGUCAGUCAUCAAGAUCCCGACUGGCUCUGUCUUCUUUUUGCAGGUCCAUCCCUUCCUCGUCGGAUCAUUGAUGACAUUCUGCUUGACGAGCCGUUUCCCUCUGACUGUGACGAUUUUAUGGUCAUACCAUAUUCACUUGCUCGCUGGCAGGUUGGAACAAUAGCGUCGGGCGUUGGGCACUUGGAGAGAGACAUCAUUCAACAGGAAGAAGGGCUAACAUCUACUGACGUACCAAGGUCACGGGAGCUUGCGUUGCGAGACUCCUUAUACAGGAUACGCAAGAGACAGUUCAUGCUUCAGAUACGUUGCAAAUUUGCACAGGAGCUUGCAAGAAGCUUGAAUAGGUGCUUUGAUAACAUUGAGCGCACGGCAGAGGUGAAAUACUCUUCCAGACUUCGAGACGGUGUUCAGGAGUUAGAGUCUAUUCUCAGGAUAGUCAAACAUGACAUUGAGAAUGUGGCAUUGAGGGUAAAUGCCCAGCAAGCUGUGCUCGACAACCAAACGAGUUUUAGGGUACGCGAGUUUUCGUCCGUGAAAUUAUACUGCCAACCAGUUAAGGUCCCACUGUUGAUGCAAUAUUUGAUCUAG